AAUGAACGAGGCAAAGUUGGUCAUUGGGAUUGCUUCCGCAUGUUCAAUCGCUUCGAUUUUGGCUGUGUUGGUGGUUGUUCCCCAACUUUACAACCAAAUGAGCGAUGUGAAUUCUCGAGUAUUCGAUGGUGUUCAGGCUUUCAGAGUUAAUACUGACUCUGCAUGGACAUCUUUAAUGGAGGUCCAAGUCAGCGUUACUCCACCAUCCAAGCCACGCGAAAAUCCAUUCAAUUCAAUCUUCUUACGUCAAAAGCGUGGCCUUCCUGGACAUUGCAACUGUGGUCCACCAAUCCAACCCCAAUGCCCACCUGGUACACCAGGACCACCUGGUCCUCCUGGACCUGCUGGAAAUCCAGGAGGCCCUGGCCAACCUGGAGGCCCUGGCCAACCUGGAACGCAAGGACCACCCUGCCCUCCACCAUCAACCACAUGCCAAAAGUGUCCUGCUGGACCACCUGGCAAUCCUGGAGGCCAAGGCCCACCUGGACCGCCUGGAGGAAACGGACCUCCUGGUCCACCUGGUGGAGGAGGUGGCUCAGGACCACCCGGCCCGCCUGGUCCACCCGGUCCCCCUGGAGGACCUGGCCAGCCUGGAGGACCUGGACAACCCGGACCAGCUGGAAAUCCUGGAGUCAAAAGCACUUCUGUUCCUGGACCAAAAGGACCGCCUGGCAAUCCUGGAGGCCCUGGCACGCCUGGAGCACCUGGAGGACCUGGCCAGCCUGGAGGACAAGGUCCACCCGGACCUCCUGGUCCCCCUGGAGGAAAUGGGACCCCUGGCCAGCCUGGAGGACCUGGACAAGCAGGACCAGCUGGAGUACCAGGACACGAUGGAGCAUAUUGUCCUUGUCCACCACGCACAAGUGUCUUUGCCCGUCGAUCACGUGUCAAAGUAUAAAGAGAAAAAGAAAUGCUUCAAAAAUAUGGAAAUACGAAAAAGUAGAAAAAGUGAUA